UUCAUCUAUGCACUCUUUUUGUCUAUUUCAUACUGUCAGCGCUUUUUUACAAAUCGAUCAUUAUUUUCUAUCCUUUCCUGCCCCCAUCUGCUCUGCGGAAUAAGUGGCAGAUCGCUAUCGAUAAAUCACGUGUACUGAUAAGAUCGCGGGGCCAAAAAAUCACUCCAACAAAAACACAUCCAACGACUCACUAUUCAAUCCUCACCAAAUCUUUCCCUCAGAUCCGCAGACCUCCAACUAGCCUCCAAUGGCUCCCAAAACCAGCACCGACGAAUCCAAUCCCCCACCACCCUCCAACGACCUCCCCGAGAUGUUUCGCCCACCCAUAAACCGCGCAAUGCGAGUCCUGGACCGCUCAUUCUUCCAAAAGAGAAUACCACUCUCUGCGGCGGCGAUAUACAAGGCCUCUGAUAUUUCGAAUGUGCGCAAGGAGUUGCUGAAGAGUAGGGAUAUGUUGGCGUUGCCGCGGUUGAAUUCAAUUCGUGAGGUUAAGGAUGAGGGGGAGAUUAGGAGGGGGAUCUUGUUGAGGGAGGAUGUUAGGCAUGAUGAUGCUGCGACGUGGUCGCCGAAGAUCAGUGAACUUGUGGAGAAGGGGACGGUGGGAUUGAGGCCGUUUGAUUUGGAGUUGGACUAUGAUUAUUGGAAUUAUUCUGAUAUUAUUGCCUCGAUCAUGCCGGAAGAUCUUCUCGACGAGAUCCCUCAGGGCUUCACCCAGGUCGGCCACGUCUUGCAUCUGAACCUCCGCGAACAGUACCUCCCCUAUAAACACCUAAUCGCCGAGAUCCUCAAGGACAAAAACAGGACAAUCCGAACCGUCAUCAACAAGAUCGAGGAUGUCGGCUCCCACAGUGAAUUUCGCACAUUCCCAUUCGAGCUCCUCGCCGGUGACAACGACACAAAUGUCACUGUCCACGAGCAAGACUGCAAGUUUUGCUUCGACUACGCGCGCGUAUACUACAACAGCCGCCUGGAAACCGAACACCGCCGCCUAGUCAACAAGUUCCACCCCGGUGAAAUGGUCUGCGAUGUAAUGGCAGGCGUCGGCCCCUUCGCCGUACCAGCAGGCAAACGUAAGAUCUUCGUCUGGGCAAACGACCUCAACCCCCAUGGCACAGAAGCCAUGCAAGAAGCAGUCAAGAUGAACCACGUCGACCAAUUCGUGCUCCCCUUCAACAAAGACGGAAGACAAUUCAUCCCAUGGUCCGCCAAGGAACUCCUCCAAUCCGAACCCCUAACCGUCAGCCUGAAACCCAAACGCGCACGAAAACCCGAAGAACCCCCACGCCAUCCCGAAGAAUACGCCCGUCCCUCCAUCUUCAACCACUACGUAAUGAACCUCCCCGCUACGGCAAUCGACUUCCUCGACGCGUUCGCGGGUGUCUACGCCGGCCACGAGUCCCUCUUUACAGCUCAACAGCCUUUACCCAUGGUUCACGUCUAUUGUUUCUCAGGACACUCGGAAAACGAACGCGACGACCAUGUCGAUAUUUGUCAGCGCAUUUCUGAGAAGUUGGGUUAUACCAUUACGCCCGAGUAUCCGGAGCUGGAGAUCCAUAAUGUGCGACUGGUUAGUCCGAAGAAGCAGAUGUUCUGUGCUAGUUUCCGGUUGCCGGCGGAUGUGGCUUUUAGGACGGGUUAGUGCCCUUGGUACGAGUACGAGUUAUGCAGGCGUUUGGGAUUUCGAAUGUAUAUAUAUGAUCAAAAAGUGAUUUCAUUGGAGCUUAGAUAUCCAAAAGUUAUUAUUGCUUUCAAAAUAAUCAAAACAACAAGAAAACCCAGAUUAAACCGGGGGGGGAAAGAUAGGGGGGGGGGGAAAGAAAAGAAAAAAAGAAAGCGGACGACACCUGCAGGAUUCGAACCUGCGAACGCGAACGUAUGUGAUAUCGACUCGAAUACAUAAGUAUUCAUAUUCAAGUCACACGCCUUAACCACUCGGCCAAAGUGUCCGUUCCGUAACAGGAUCUCGGCCGUUCUUAACUUAAGAGAAGUUGCGCUAGAGUGGGUUUGGGAUUAUGUCGGCUUUCUCUGGUCCUGUCUUUCACUG